UUUUGUUUGUGGAUUUUAUGCAAUGUUAGGUAUCAUUGCUACUGAAAAGACGUCACCUCUACCCAGUCUGAAGUCUUUCAGGGACGACUAUGACAGUGUUGCUAAAACAUGUGUGGCCGUUGGUUAUGUAAAAGACAACUGCAAAAAUAUCCGAGAAAAAAGAAACGGGAUUAUAGCCUUCGAGGCCAGAGGCAAAGGAGGUAUACAGAGAGUAAGCCAAGGAAACACCGUUACAUUUGUAGAAGUCGAUCUAAAUUUAGGAGGAGGUUACAACGCCAUUAAAGGAGUUUUCGUUGCUCCAAGGGCGGGUGUGUACGUCUUCGGUUGGAAAAUAUUUACUGACACCAACAAGAUAGCCUACACCUCCUUACUUGUGAACGGUAAGAGAAAGGCAUAUAAUCCCUGUCAUAAUAACGGCCAUGGUCUCGAUGGGACUUGCAGUGAAAUGGCAGUUGUUAGAAUGGCAGCCGGCGAUAAAGCUUGGAUUGAUUCCUUUUACAGUACAGCAUCAAUCAACGCUAAAUAUUGUUCUUUUUCUGGUUUUAUUUUGUAAAUGAAACAUAAAUGUUCAAAUGA